AUGGAUCUCGCCUCCGCCGCUGGCGACCACCCGAAUAACCUCAUUUCCUCCCUCGACUCUCCUCUCCCCGUCCCAAACACUUCCUCUGCCUCGGGCAUUCCUCAGCAAUCCGUGAACCCAUCUCAGCCCACCUCUCACGCCAAUUCUCCCGACCGCAAACCUAAAAAAUCGUCACUGACCUGCGUCACCUGCCGCGCUCGAAAAGUACGAUGCAAUGGUGCGCGCGACAUUUGCUCCAACUGCGAGCGACUUGGCUUUCCCUGCUCCUACGAUGACGGCGACGCCGGUGCCUUGUCUGGCGCUCUGCCGCGCCGCCGAGUUCGACAAGCUUGCAUCAGCUGUCAUAGUCGAAAAGCCCGAUGUUCCGGACACAUGCCGUCAUGCGAUCGCUGUCGCUCCCAAGGCAUUGAGUGCGUUUACCGACCAAGCAAAAGGGCGCGCAUUACAAUGAGAGGCGAAGGCCGAAGCCCGCAAAGCCAAGAAGGUGAUCGAGAAGAUGGUCACAAUGAUAGCGACCCUGGGUUGACCGACCCGGCUAGUACCGCUACGCCUCAAGGGUUCGCACCUGAAGUCCCCUUUCCAGAUGAAUCUUUCGAUGCUUUAAUAGGCCGGACUUUUAACAAGUUCUUCAACCAUGUCCAUCAUAUUCCCAUGUUCUCUUUUCUCCAUCGAGCCUCCCUUGAAGGACGAUACAACACAGGCAAAGUUGAAAAGGCACUUCUGCUGGCCCUGAUUGGCAUUACUUCGUACCUCACAGAUAUGGGACCGGGCAUGAAGGAAUAUGGUGAAAGAUGUAUCGACGAUGCUGAGGCUCUCAUUUUUGCCGAUUACACUCGGCCUUCAACCAUCAAAGUACAGGCGCUUGUCCUGAUUAUCAAGCAUCGUAUCCUGUCCAAGAAAUCUCCAAGCGCCUUUAUGCUGCUCAGUAUCGCUUCCCGAUACGCCGCAGCCUUGCGUCUGAAUCACGAAUCUCCAAAUCUUUGUUUCCUCGCCCAAGAGUCUCGCCGUCGACUCAUGUGGGCACUCUACUGUAUUGAUUCGGGUGUCUCGGGCGGCUAUCGUGACUACUCUCUCUGGAGUGCUGAUAAGAUUCAUGUAGGAUUGCCAUGCAAUGAGCGCAACUUUGAAUUUGAUCUUCCACAACCGACCGAGAGACUCAUUCAUGAUCCCGACAAACCUCGAAAUCCCCAGGCCGAAGAUCCCGGAAGUCUAGCUCUCCACAUUCGCAUACAGCACAUGCGAAGACGAAUCAUGGAAUUUUCUCGACGCGUUAUGUUAUCUCGAAACACCAAGCCCGAUGAACUUCAAGCCGGUAUCUGGGGACUGCAGAAAGACCUCAGUGAUUUCGCAACCCAUUUACCAGCAUCUUUUCAAUUUUCAGAGAGCUCACUGCGACUCCGAGCCUACUCUCCUCGAAUAUGUACAUUCAUCAUGAUUCACGUUUGGUGGCAUCAAUGUCAGAUCGACCUUUACCGUCUUGCCCUGGGUGGUCUGCGGGAAGCCCUUCCUCGUGUGAUUCUUGCAUCUCUCGACGAUGCUUUUGUCGACCAUUGCCAACGACAAUGUGUCGAACAUGCCAUGUCAAUGGCCAAUAUCUUCUCAUCUAUGCACAAACUCAACUCGAAACCUGUAACCGAUUUGGAUAUGGCUAUCUGCGCAUAUCAAUGCGCCCGCGUGUUAACAUACGCGUAUCAUACUAAUGCUUUGAAAUAUGACCUCAACUUGGAAGCCGUCAUGGAACGGGCAAAGAUUUGCCUGUCAACUAUCAAGUCCUGCUGCGCGGGAAAGACGGCAGAAGGCAUUCAAGCAGAUCUGGAGAGGCUAAUAACUCAUGGAAUCGCCAUCCGCGGACCUUCCGCAACACCAGAUCAGCACGGUCGACUCCCUCUUGAUAAUGGCUUUUCGCAACAACCCUUACGACAUGGCUUCGCGAAUGAUCAUAACAUGAGCGACCCCAACCAGUUCAGCUCGAUGAACUCUGUUUCGAUAUCCGCCAUGACCGAUUCAACAUUCCCUCCUUCACUCGUCGCCGAUCCGUGGGUCCCCGAAAGUCAAGUCUCCCCGGACUUGCCACACCCGAGCACCGAAGCCCAAGCCCCUUCGAAACCAACCGUGAGCGUUCCCGAAAUAGUACCACGUCAAGACUUUGGAAUUUCAGAGAUCAACAACGCCUACGACGGAGGUACCGAUGGGUUAGGCACGGAUAGUGGACUGGAGUACGGGAUGGGACUUGAUCAGAAUCUUUGGAUGCCAAACAACGACUGGUUGAGCAUGGAUGCUCUCAAUGGAGGAGUUGGAGCCUGA